UACACUGCAGUUGAUAUAUUAUGAUACCCACAUGUGAACUUUUAUGUUUCACAGAAUGGCAGUGAGGAGAGACUUCUUAGAUGAAUUAACUAAUAUGGAGCUGAUGGAGAGAUACAGGCUGGACAGAGGUGGUUUACAGUUUUUGGACAAUAGACUGAGUAAUGUGCUUAGUCCAAGAACAGAUCGCAGCAGGAGUCUUUCAUCUUUGUACAAGAUACUUAUAACGCUGCGGUACCUGGCCACUGGAUCCACUCAGUUAAAUUAUGGUGACUUGCAUGAUGUUUCCCAGCCUACGGUAUCAAGAGUGAUUGCACAGGUCACUGAUGCUAUGAGUACUCCUGAAUUUAGUCAACAAUAUAUCAAGUUCCCUUCAACACCAGACAAGAUCAAAAGGACCAAAGAAGAGUUUUACGGAAUCGCCAACUUUCCGAACAUACUGGGAGUUAUUGAUGGGACACAUGUCCAAAUAAAGGCCCCAAGAAAUGAGGAGCCAUCUUUUGUUAAUAGGAUGGGGUAUCAUUCUAUCAACACACAGGUUGUCUUUGAUGCGGAGUACCGCAUUUUAGACAUUGCGGCCAGAUGGCCUGGAGCUACGCACGAUAGCCGGAUAUUGAGGGAGAGUGGCCUGUGGGUCCUCAUGGAAGGAGGACAUCUACCAGUUGCUGGACAUAACUAUCUAAUAGGGGACAGCGGCUACCCUUGCAAGCGGUGGCUGUUAACACCCUACUUGCACCCACAGGCAGGGUCACAGACUGAUUACAAUAAAGCUCACAAGCAAACAAGGACUGUAGUAGAACGAGGCAUAGGUCAGCUGAAGAGGCGAUGGGGAGUGUUACAUGGCGAAAUUACACUAGAGCCUGUUAAAGCAUGCAAGGUGAUAAUUUCUUGUGGGGUACUGCAUAACAUCUGCAAAGCCAGGAAUAUUCCUUUGCUGGAUAUAGUACCAGAUGGAAAUCAGGUCAAUAUCAACCAAAAUGGUUACAACGGACCACAGGAAGGACUUAGAUACCGGGAUUACAUAGCAAAUACAUAUUUUUGAUUAAUCAUAAACUUGUUUUUGUAUGCCUGUGAAAUAUGAGAUAUUAUGGGAAAAGGUAACAAGUGUUUUCACCACGAAAUUUGUAAGUGUUGUCA